AUGGCCUCUACGUGGCCUUUUUUCCUGCUCAUCCCAACAGUAAUCCUGAUACACCUCUACGCAUCGCCGUACACAAAAGUCGAAGAGUCGUUUAAUAUCCAGGCCGUUCAUGACAUCCUCGUGCACGGUAUCCCGACGGAUAAUGUCGACCAGUUCUUAAGUGCGAAUUACGACCAUGUUUCUUUUCCGGGGAGCGUGCCCAGGACGUUUGCGGGUGCGACGGUGUUGAGCGGGUUGAGUAGGCCGUUUGUGGGGUUUGUCGAGGAUGGAGAGUAUGUGCAGAUGCUUGUUAGGGCGGUGCUGGGACUGCUGAAUGCGGCAGCGCUAAUUGCGUUUGGGAGGAGUGUGCAGAGAGCUUUUGGGACUACGGCGGCGGUUUGGUAUACGUUGUUUCAGGCAAGUCAGUUUCAUGCUGUUUAUUAUGCUUCGAGGACGCUGCCGAAUAUGUUUGCGUUCAUCUUUAGCAAUAUGGCAUUGCGAAGUCUAGUUCUUGCGUACAAUUCGCCAAGUACUUCUUCGAGUGUCUCGGGACACUACCGGUUGAGCUUUUAUCUGCUCACUAUUGCUGGAGUUGUGUUCCGGUCUGAACUAGCUAUCCUGGUCGCCACUGUCACUGUGUAUCUGUUUCUCACGCGCAAGAUAUCGAUCAUCAGCGUCAUUAUUCCAGCCGGCAUUGGAGGUCUCAUCGUCGGUCUUAUCUGCACAGUACCUCUGGAUUCUUUCUUCUGGCAGACCUUUCCCCUAUGGCCUGAGUGGACAGGUUUCUACUACAACACUAUCCAAGGAAACUCAGCUAAUUGGGGUGUCUCGCCAUGGUAUUUCUACUUUGUAAAUGCACUGCCGCGACUAAUGCUUAACCCUAUAACCUACCUGGUCUGCAUACCGAUUGCUGUUUCGAAUCCGGCAAGCCAAAGACGAAGUCUUGAUCUACUCAUUCCUCUACUCAGCUUUGUGGCAAUAUACAGCUUUCUUCCUCACAAAGAAUGGCGUUUCAUUCUUUACGUAAUUCCAGGAUUGACUGCAGUAGCUGCGGAUGGAGCAGCUUGGAUUUGGACACGACGAUCCAAGUCUAUCAUAUAUGCUGUUUUCAGCUUGGCUCUUGUAGGGUCGGUGUUGGUCUCGUUUGCUGCAUCCACAGCUAUUUUGGGUAUUUCUAGUCUCAAUUACCCUGGGGGACAGGCUCUGCACGAUUUUCACAAACGAAUGAAUCACCCGCACGAUAAACACUUCAACGUAUACUUUGACAAUCUUGCUUGUCAGACAGGCGUCACACGUUUCCUGGAGAACCACAGAGGCCCACAGACAGUACUCGAUGUUCUUGAAGAACAAAAUACCAUGCAAAGCCGGACAUGGGCCUAUGACAAGACUGAGGACCCGAGUGCACUCUUGGACCCGAUGUUCUGGACAAAAUUUGAUUAUGUUCUUACUGAGAAGCCGGAGAGGAUAAUUGGAGCUUGGAAUAUUGUACAUGUGGUAUACGGCUUCGGUGGAGUCAGGCUUUUGAAGCCAGGGGAGGAGAGUAAAUCGGAAUUCGGAUCUCUAUACGAGGGGAGCGGACCAAUUGUUGAUGGGCAAGAUGACUGGACUUCUAAAGUUGGAGCAGAAUGGGAACGAUUGGAAGGGCGGUUGAGAAAUAGUUUGUUGAGGGGUUACUGGCCCAUGAUAUGGAUGCAGCCAAAGAUCUAUAUUCUGGAGAACACUAUGAAUCCGCCAAUGUAUUCGUAG